CGACCUCCAGCCCAGGUCAGGUGGGAGGGGCAGGGUCGUGUAACAACCUCUGCGCCUGCGUUCUGGCGCAAGGUGGGGCCGCGAGCUCCCGAACUGUAGGGUGUUAGCUAGGCUGGGGGGCAAGCUGCUGUUACCAAGACAGACAGUAGUGGCGAGAUGGCAACAACCUCCGCGGCCUCGGACCAGGCAUGCUCUGCAGCGCCCCCGCCCGUCGGGGGUGGCCAGGCUGCCGCGGCAGCUGAGGAGGAGGAGCGAGAGGUGGUACGGGUCCGAGUCAAGAAAUGUGAGAGCUUCUUGUCCCCGGAGUUCCGAUCUUUUGCAGUAGAUCCUCAGAUCACAUCGCUGGACGUGUUGCAGCACAUCCUCAUCCGAGCCUUUGACUUGAAUGGGAAGAAGAACUUUGGCAUCAGCUACCUAGUACGGGACCGGCUAGGGCAGGAAGUUUUCCUUUCCCUCCUUUCUGAUUGGGACCUCAGCACAGCUUUCGCCACUGCCUCCAAACCUUAUCUGCAGUUGCGUGUGGACAUUCGGCCCUCGGAGGACAGCCCAUUGCUGGAAGACUGGGACAUAAUUAGCCCUAAAGAUGUCAUUGGAUCCGAUGUGUUACUGGCUGAGAAGCGACCCUCACUGACGACAGUUGCCUUGCCUUUUACACAAUCCAUCCUCUCUCAGGUGGGUCGUACAUUGUCUAAGGUCCAGCAGGUGCUGAGUUGGUCUUAUGGGGAAGAUGUCAAGCCUUUCAAGCCACCACUGAGUGAUGCUGAGUUUCACACAUACCUGAACCAUGAAGGCCAGCUUUCCCGUCCUGAGGAGUUGCGCUUACGGAUCUACCAUGGCGGAGUGGAGCCUUCACUUCGAAAGGUGGUAUGGCGGUACCUCCUGAAUGUGUACCCAGAUGGGCUAACGGGCCGUGAGCGGAUGGACUACAUGAAACGUAAGAGCCGAGAGUAUGAGCAGCUCAAAAGUGAGUGGGCCCAGAGAGUGAACCCUGAAGACCUGGAGUUCAUCCGCAGCACAGUCCUCAAGGAUGUCCUUCGCACAGACCGAGCCCACCCCUACUAUGCAGGGCCUGAGGAUAGUCCACACCUACGGGCCCUGCAUGACUUGCUCACCACCUAUGCUGUUACUCAUCCACAGGUAUCAUACUGCCAGGGCAUGAGUGACCUGGCCUCACCCAUCCUUGCUGUCAUGGACCAUGAAGGCCAUGCCUUUGUGUGCUUUUGUGGCAUCAUGAAGCGCCUGGCUGCCAACUUCCAUCCUGAUGGCCGUGCCAUGGCCACCAAGUUUGCCCACCUCAAACUGUUAUUGAGACAUGCUGACCCAGACUUCUACCAGUACCUGCAAGAAGCAGGUGCCGACGACCUCUUUUUCUGUUACCGCUGGCUGCUGCUGGAGCUUAAGCGUGAGUUUGCCUUUGAUGAUGCUCUCCGAAUGCUAGAGGUCACCUGGAGUUCACUGCCCCCUGACCCUCCUGAACAUGAAGUGGAGCUUGUCGGACCUCCCAGCCAAGUGGCAGACACUGGCUUUGGUAGCCACAGGGGACGAGCAGUACGUCAGAGGCACAUGCUGAGGCCUGCUGGUGGAGGUGGCAGUCCUUUUGAAGAUGCUGUUGUUCACUUAGCUACAUCUAGCCAAGGACCUAGUGGUGGAGGACGUCUCCUGAGACAGGCCAGCCUGGAUGGUCUCCAGCAACUCAGGGAUAACAUGGGCCCCAGGAAGGACCUUCUGGUUCAACUAUCCCACUCACCUACCCUAAUUAGCUCUAAGUCUCUCUCUGAGCCGUUGCUGAACUCCCCAGAUCCACUCCUCUCCUCCUCUUCUCGGCCCGAUUCUCCAUCUUCGUCAUCUCCUCCAUCUACCCAGGAGGCUUCUCCUUCUGGUGACAUAGCUGUAGGAUCUCCCUUGAUGCAAGAGAUAGGUUCUCCCAGAGACCCUGGGAAGUCCUUACCACCCCCACCUCCAAUGGGCCUUCCUCCACCCCAGGAGUUUGGCCGAGGGAACCCCUUUAUGCUCUUCCUCUGCCUGGCUAUCCUGCUGGAGCACCGUGACCACAUCAUGCGCAAUGGGCUGGAUUACAAUGAGCUAGCCAUGCAUUUUGACCGACUGGUGAGGAAGCACCAUCUAGGCCGUGUCUUAAGAAGGGCCAAGGCUCUCUUUGCUGAUUACCUACAGUCGGAAGUAUGGGACUCAGAGGAGGGGGCCGAGGCCACAGCCCCAUCUUGAAUGUACUCCCUCCAACCUUCCAACCCCAACAACACUCCAUAGUUUGCCAUGAGAGCCUACACAUGAGACUUUAUUCCCUGCCUGCCGACCCCAGACAUAGGAGCCUGGGGCCCUCUCUCCCCAGGUUUAAAACUGUGUGGUUCAGUGUUGGCGCUACUCCACAGAGGCUGUGGCCUCUUUUCUGUAUUUGUUUUGUUUCUAAACUAUACUUUGCACACACAAAGGUUACUGUGGUAUUUGUG